GAAUAUUUUUUCUUUUUUUUUCUUUAAUUGUUCACCAUGCCUUUAUUGAACAGAAAAAGAGUUCCGCUAACUCCAAAUAUACCUUAUGACCCAAAGCGUAAAAGAAAGGAAGUCUGGUAUCUCCGCUUUACAAAUGAAGUCUUUACGAGUUACGAAUCAUACAUUAACAAACUUACUUUAUACCACCAACCGAUUUGGGAGUGUGAAGCAACAGGAAGACAGAACUUGACUUAUGAACAAGCUUUAGAAAGUGAAAAAACAGAACACGAUAGAGCAGAAUACAAGUUUUGUCAAGCACUACGAAUCAGCAUACUGAACAGAAUUAAAUUUCAAACGGUUCGAUUGGAAGCUCUUGUCAAUGAUGUUUUUACAUAUUUUAAAAAUAACUAUGUAAUUGAUGAGAUUGUACAGUGUAAAUUAAAUGACUACAAUUACUUUGCGAGAAUUGUCGAGAUACUCCCAAGGCAACCACACGAAUACCAACGUCCUAUUACGUGGUCCAUCCAACACCAUCAACAGCAUAACGAAUCUCCUUCAAUUUCCAAUUCGGAAUCAGAAGAUGAUACGAAUGUUCCUAGGCAACCCAAUGGCCGUCUUCGAUUUCCCGAUGCAUUUCUUCAUCCUACACCACAGUCUCCAACCCAUUCAGAGAAUGAUUCGAAUCAAGAUCCACAAAGUGAUACUGAUUCAUUUUCGGAUCUGUGUCAGUACAAGGUCCAGUUAAUUGACGAAGGAGGUCAUCCACUCGAAAACUGCACUCGUAUUGUGGAGGCAUCCGACAUCAAGAGAGAAAAGUAUAUAUAUAAUCGACAAAACGUACAAAGUUUUAUUCGAGAGUGUUCCUACAGAGACAAUUAUAUUAAUGCACCAUGGCUGAUAAAGGCUGCGGUUGCCUCAACAUACAACAUUGAUACACGACUUCCCGAACAUUUACAAGAGGCCCAAGACCGUGCAUUCGCAAAGACCUCCAAGAAACGUAAAAUAAGUUCGCAAACUAAAACACCCGAUGAACGAGAAGCUGAAAAGAAGGCACGAAAGGAAGAAACCUUAUUACAAAAGGCAAAGUUGAAACAAGAACGAGAUAAAUUACGCGAGGAACGAAAAAAACAAUCUGCUGUAAAAUACCCAUUAGAAGAUCUCGACCUUCCCAUUUACCGCAAAGACCCCAAUCUGAACUGGGUUUUGGUUGACAUGUCACCGCUCAAAUUCGAUGCUAAAGAUGCUACUAUACCAUACCCAAGUGGAGGAAGAGCAGAAAGACCUACACCACAUCAUGAUUCGCCCAUACCACCAGAGCUAUUUGAUUCAUUCUUGUCCAUCUGGGCCUUCUUGACCGUCUUUGCGGAACCCUUAAAAUUGUCCGCCUACAGUGUAGAUGAAUUUGAGCGCGCUUUGUUUCAUAAUACACAUCAACCAAAGGCAACUGUAUUGGUAGAAUACAACUCCUGUCUUUUAAACGUCAUCAUCAACGAAAGAAAGGAAGACACAGUGAACGAAACGAUCAAUGGCGAAGUCAUGGAAAUGUAUGUUGAAUCAUUAGAAGAAAAAGAGGAAGACCACGAGGACGAAGAUGAUGGGAACAACAACGGAUCAAAAUUAAAAGAUGAAACGACUUCCGUCUUACCAAAGGUAGAAAGAGGUUGGCGGGAUAAGGAACAUUUAAAGAUGAGUCAGAAAUGGGAUAGCAAAGAAUUAAGAGCAAACUAUGAUCGUCGUGGAUGGGAAACUACAUUGAUAGGAUGUUUAAAUGAUAUCGCUACUCCUGAUUUGGUACCUGAUUUAGAUGCUUUGCUCAGACAUUUGGUCCCUCGUGUAGGAUCAACAGCAGCUGAUAGAGAAAAACAAUACCCUACUCUAUCAAUUAAGCAGAAACUAGAUAUACUGGGGUUUCUGGUCGAUGUUGUCAAUGAGUCUAACCUGAUAAAGAACUAUAUGGAUUACUGUCAAGAACAACUAUCUGAAUUUAGAAAGCAAAAGGUAGAAUUGAACAAGGAAUCCAAAUCUUUAUCUUUCAGACGUAUUGAAAUGGACAAAAGAGACAAAGCUGAAAAGUCAGAAGAAACAAGCGAUGAAGAUGAUUCGGAUACCAGUGAUUCAGAUGAUUCAGAGAACGAUUCAAACGAAGAUUCAGAUGCUGACAGUGACUCGUCUGAACAUAGAUUAGCGGGAAGAGAACGUAGACAUCAAUCUAGACAAGAGAAACUCAAACAAAAACAACGUGAACGAGAGGAGAUGGAGAUUCAAAGAAAGAAAAUGUAUGCUGAGCAACGCGAAGUUGCAAAGUUAAAGAACCACGAACAACGCACCAAGGCAGGAGAAAGAAGAAAAUUAGAGGAGGAGGAAAGAAUUUUGAAAAAGAAAGAGGAACAUUUAGAAAAGUCAAUGCGAAGAUAUAUGACCCUGAGGAUCCGUCCUUUAGGAAAAGAUAGAUUUAAUAAUCGUUAUAUAUAUUUGGAUAAUGUGGGUGUUUCAAAUACCUAUGGAUCUGGCAGGCUCUAUGUGAAUAGUCCAACGGAUGGGGAUAUUCAAUUAAUGAUGGAACGAGAUUAUGAUACGGAAGUUCCAGAUCAACCUUGGGGUCGUGGAGGUGGUCGUUGGUUCAUCAAAAAACUUAUGCGUGAACAAGGACUUUUGGAAGAAAGUAUAUGGCUUGAAAAUCGCAUGGAUGAGCUGAAUACAGACCAUGCGAGUGAUUACAAAGGAUGGUGGAAGUAUUACUCUGACCCUGAAGAGAUCCAACAAUUGAUGUCCUGGCUAAAUCCAAAAGGUUGCAGAGAACAUAAACUGAAAAACGAGCUGUUAAAACAACAGGCCAAUAUCAUUGAUUCAAUGAAGAAGAGAGCGCAUGCAUUAACUAAAACCGAAUCUAUCACAAAACGUGCAACAAGAGCUAAAUCAGCGACAAAUUCCGAAACUUGGGACAAGUCCAAGUCUUAAUUACACAUUAUAAACACAAAUACAUUCAUUUUUGCUUUUUUUUUUUAAAAAAAAAAAAAAGACACCUUGUA